AUGUCGCCAGAGAAACAGCCCUCCAACCCUCAAGGCGGGAAGUCCAAGAAGAACAAGAAGAAGAACCAGGCCAACAAACAAGGCCAGAACACUGCUGACAGCGGCGGAGGCUCGAGUAAUGACGUGCAGGACGACCCUGAGGAAUCGAAGAAUGACUCGGAUGUCGAGGAAACAACUGUCGCUGCCGAAGACACCAAUGGAGCCCCAACCGUUAAACAGGACAGUGAAGAAAAAGUCGUCUCAACAAACAGCCAGAAAUCUGACUCGCACGGCGAAGGAGACCCCGAGACGACAACGCCAGCGAAUACAAAACCGGCCAGGCAUGAAUCGGAGGAAAAUAACAAAUUUGACGAUCUCGUGCGCGACCGUGACUCUCUUCGAGCCGAGGUAACCGAGCUUCGCAAGUCGCUUGAGCAAAUCCAGCACAGGCACCAGGAAGAAAUGGACGCGCUGCAACAGAAAUUAGAUGAUUCCGAGGACAAGAAAUCGCAUGCCGAAACCCAGUUUCAGAAGCUUUUGGAAAGAGUCAAUACUAUCAAAUCGCAGCUCGGGGAGAGGCUAAAAGAGGAUGCUGAGGAACUCUCGCAGGCGAGAUCUCGCAUCGAGGAAUUAGAAGAAGAAAACUCAGCAUUACAAGCAGAGCUGAGCGCAAAAGUGACAGCCAUUGCCGACUUGGGGAAGGACGCCCGAGAGAACAUCAAAGAACUGUCAGAUUUGCGAAGCAGGACCAAUCUCUCUCAGCAGAAUUGGCUUCAGGAGAAGGAGGAGCUUCUUGAGCGAGAGUCCUAUAUCCAUGCAGAGUUUGAAGAGGCAAAGCAAGCAAUGCACAAUUGGGAAGUGCUGGCUAUGGAGGAACGCUCAAUUCGAGAAGGACUGGCGGAAAAGGUCAAUGAUUUAGAAGAGCAGCUUUCUACUCUUCGGGAUGAGUACAAUGCCGCGGUUACAAACGGUAAUACACAAUCGGUCACGAUUGACGGACUACAACGAGCACUGCAAGAAAUACAAGAUGCACGGAAGCAAGAACUACGUGAAAUAGUGCAGAGCUCCGACGCGCAGCUUGAUGAGCUUAAAGAAAAGCUCCGACAAGUUGAGAAGAAAGCGGACUCAGCAAACAUGGAGCUAAAACAGGCGCAGACAGAAUUAGACCGACUUCUUCCAUUCGAGAAGGAGGUUAAGGAGAAGAAUCUUCUCAUUGGGAAAUUGCGGCAUGAGGCUGUCACAUUGAACGAUCACUUGACGAAGGCGUUGAGAUUCUUGAAGAGAGGCAAACCAGAGGACAAUGUUGAUAGACACGUUGUGACGAACCAUCUGCUACACUUCCUUACUCUUGACCGGUCUGAUCCAAAGAAAUUCCAGAUCUUGCAGCUCAUAGCUGCUCUUCUACAAUGGAACGAAGAUCAAAGAGAACAAGCCGGACUCAGCCGCCCCGGAACAUCGACUACUCCAAGCAUCUCCACCAGCCUAAAAGUGCCGAGUUUCUACAUGCACCGUACACCGAGCACACCGUCAUUAAUGAGUGACUACAUGGAAAAUGGCAACGCAGGCGGCGGUAAAGAGACUCUCGCUGAGCUCUGGUCAAACUUUUUGGAACAGGAAGCUCAAGCUGCUGGAGAUAAUACAUCAAAUAAGCGGGGAUCUAAUGCGGGUAUUGGUUCGCUUUGA